GACAGCAUGCACGGUCCGUCAAGUACCUGUCCACACCCUCGAGUCCUGCCCAACAUGGUGGCGGUGUGUCUAGCGGCAAUCUACACCUGUUAUGAGGAUAAGAAAAAUGCUUUACAAAGCAACACAGCUGUCUUCCUGGACAAACAGGAAUGGGAGACGAAACUUCUUUGUUAUAUCGGUAUCAUGGAAACACUGUCGUCGUACUCCGACUGGAGAUUGGUCCUGGGAAGUCUACUGCAGCCAAUUCCAUUUCCUAAUGAUGCCCUAGCUGAUGAGUUGUUCGCUUCCAAGAUGAAGUCAGUGCUGAAGAAUAUAGCUGAAGAUGAUCACUGUGAAGUCCACCAGACCAUACUGGGAAUCCGCGACGGCAAGGAGGGAUGGUUCCACAUGUAUACACCGGGCAGUCUAGCUUGUGAUGAUGAGGGGGAGCUCUGGGGUGUCAUGCUGAAUUCCUUGAUACAUUGUUGCUGUAAGAGAAAGAAGUUUUUGAAUGGCCUAAACAAGAUGGUGGGUCCUAUCAUGCUGCUGGCCCUGCGAGAGAACGAACCAUCUAUGGAGGUAUGUAACAGUUUGAAAAAUCCUUGUUCA